GCGGGGGCUGACCACAGAGGCAGGGAUACUGCAGGCCGCGAAGGGCGGGCCCGAGCCCUGGGCGGGAGGAGGGAAGCGCCCCGCCCACCAGCCACGGCGGCAGACUCCAUGGCAGGCUCCGAACUCCGCGCGGCGCUGGAGGCGCAGCUCCGAGAUCUGGCCAUUCCAACUGUGAGCGUGGAGCACCCCGAGGUAUUUACAGUUGAGGAAAUGAUGCCGCAUAUCCAGCACUUGAAAGGGGCACACAGUAAAAACCUAUUUCUUAAAGACAAAAGGAAGAAGAAUUAUUGGCUGGUAACUGUUCUUCAUGACAGGAAAAUUAACCUGAAUGAUCUGGCCAAACAGCUCGGAGUUGGAAGUGGAAAUCUGAGGUUUGCUGAUGAAAUUUCCAUGCUAGAAAAACUAAAAGUUGGCCAGGGAUGUGCCACACCCUUGGCUCUCUUCUGUGACCAGGGAGAUGUCAGAUUUGUUCUGGACUCUGCUUUCCUGGAAGGUGGAUAUGAAAAGGUGUACUUCCACCCAAUGACAAAUACAGCCACAAUGGGAUUGAGCCCUGAUGACUUUCUCACUUUUGUGAAGAAGACUGGGCAUGAUCCUAUGAUAUUAAAAUUUGAUUAAACUAGUGGGCCAGCAUUUUGAAUAAAACGUAACUUUCUAAAUGUCAAGAA